UCUCACGUAAAACACACGUGUAAAAUUAUCUUUUGUAUUCGAUUUCCAUUAUGGACAAUACAACUGAAACAGAUCUGAUACUGUGGUCGAAAUUCCUAAUGGAUACGUUCGAAAAUGAGGCUCAGUGGGUUCAAAUAUUUUCGAUUGUAAUUUAUUUAAUCAUAUUCUUCGUUAGUCUUAUUGGAAAUGGCCUCACUUGCUUUGUAAUCUAUUACGUGAAGUCUAUGCACACUGCUACAAAUUUUUAUUUAUUCAACUUGGCUGUGUCGGAUUUGAUUGUAACGUUUAAUAUUCUACUCGAUAUUUAUGAUUAUUUGACGAUAUUUUCUAACUAUAAUGAGAUUACGUGCAAAUUCCGAUUCUUCCUCGUUAUCAGUUUAUUUAAUAAUGGAAUCCUCGUCAUGACUUUACUAGCAAUUGAAAGAUAUAUUGUAAUUUGUUUUCCGCUAAUGCUGAGCAGAUCACCUGUACUGAAAAGGACUGUGAAAGUAAUAAUUAUUGCAUGGAUCGUGGCAAUGCUAGAAUCUUUGCUAGAUUUGUGGACUGUUGGUUUGAUAAAAACUCAUAAACUUACGAUAUGCUUUAUCAUACCACGGCCAGCUUCUAGAGUUCUUAAUGGAAUAUUAGCACUGUUAACCUUCGUAGUACCCUUGAUAAUAAUGACAUUUGUCUAUGCAAUGAUUGCUUUUAAAGUAAAUGACAACGAGAAGUCGAAGUCUGAAAAAGGAGGACAGGUAUUCAAUCAUCGAGACAAUAGGGGAAGAGUUAACAAAAUAAUCAUAGCACUCACUUCAUCUUUCUUGGUGUGUUGGCUUCCCUUCUUUGUAUUAAGAAUAAUGAUAUUUACUUAUGACGUGCAAGAAUUAGUGGAAUUUCGUUGGUGGUGGAGCAUUGGUUUAAGAGUUACAUUUAUAAACACAUGGAUGAGCGUGGUUUUAAAUCCAAUUCUGUUCAGCCUAUUGUCCACAAAAUUUAGGAAAGAAUUAAAAAUUCUUUGGAGUACCAAAAUUAAGCAGGGCACAAUAAUUCGUAAUACCGUUCACAUUUAACCAGAGGUCAUUGUUUGCUCUUUAGUUAUCUGUAUGAUAAGGUGUUCUAUUGUUGAUGUCAAAUAUAAGAUAGGAUUAUUUAAGCUAGGUAUAUAUACCCUUUUCGUUGUUUGGUAAUAUUUUUAUGAAAUUUUAUAAUAUUAUUCGUGAAAUCCACUUCGAAAACCAUGGCACAGUAAAUUGUUUUCAUUGUAAAUUAAUUAGGCUUAAAGAGGAUGUAAAAACUUCGAAAUAAGAGGUGGGACUGCUUAAGUAAAAACUUGGAUUUUAGUUUAGUAUGACACGUGCAGUCAUUUGACAUAUUUGUCAAAAAUCAUCUUCAAAUCAAUUCGAGACCACACCCGUACAGGAUCAAUGAUAUGAUAGUAUUAAAAGAGGUUGAUAUGUCACUAGCGCCCCUAAAAUCAAUCGCCUAAAUUGAGUCAAUUGGUUCCUUUAGUCGCUCUCUCGAUACGAAAACGGUACACACGCGUUUGUUUUUGACAGAAUUGCUUACAAUUUGAUAUAGGUACAACAUUAAAACGCCGUCUUGUGUUAUGGAAAGAUGCACUAAUUACGAAAGUAAAAAAAAAUCAUAGAAUUACAUACCACAGUUAAGAAAUCAUGAAUUAUAAAAUUUAUUUGAUUUCAUUGUUUAUCUAACAAAAUAAAUGUCCCCAUGACAACGCCGAUCGCCGCCAAGCCGAUCAUAGAUCAACGUACAGAAAUGACAAAAUAUUGAUGCUGUCUGUUGCGGGACGAUCGAGGUAGAAUAUUUUAGGAAAUGAUGUAAAAAAGUCAUUGUUGCAGUGAAUGUUAUAAUUUUUAAGAAAAAAGUGCGUAUAUAGGUAGCUGAACUAUCAAACAACUAAAACAAGUUUUAGAGUAGGUAGCGGAUGUAGACAGUGAGUGCUAUUUGUUUACGUAGGAGUUUUUUCAGUAUAUCCCUUGCUAACUGCAGAAGAAUCAAUGGAUCAUUUUCUUCUUCUCCCAUUACCUUAUUGUAAUAAACCCUCAUCAA